UACUUCAGAUUUACCAACAGCAUGAAUCAAGAAAAGUUAGCCAAACUUCAGGCUCAGGUCCGCAUAGGGGGCAAGGGUACAGCUCGCAGAAAGAAGAAGGUGGUACAUAGAACAGCGACAGCUGAUGACAAAGAACUCCAGAGUUCUCUGAAAAAUCUGGCUGUAAAUAACAUAGCUGGUAUUGAAGAGGUGAACACAAUAAGAGAUGAUGGAACAGUUAUUCAUUUCAACAAUUCCAAAGUCCAAGCUUCCCUGUCCACCAAUACCUUUGCAAUUACUGGUCACGCAGAAGCCAAACCAAUUACAGGAAUGCUUCCCGGAAUAUUAAGUCAACUUGGUGCUGACGGCUUAACAAGCCUUAGAAAGUUAGCUGAACAGUUCCCACGGCAGGUGUUGGAUAACAAAGCUCCAAAACCAGAAGACAUUGAUGAGGAGAAUGAUGACAUUCCAGAUCUUAUGGAAAACUUCUAUGAAGCCUCAAAGAACGAGGCUAACUAA